AUGAAGUUCUUAUCCACUAUAACGGUAGUAAUUGCAGUUUUAUUAUUUGUGCAAAGGCAGUCGGCUGAACGUUACCGUUUCGUACAUGACGAGCCCGAAAUAUACAGAGACUGUCGUCAUGCACCAGAAAUGUUAGGUUUCAAACAGAUGGCCGAUAUGAGUGAUUUGGAGAUAAUUUUCAAUGACGAAGGACUUUAUGUUAACGGAACUGCUACCGUUGUUUGGGAUGUGAAACAAACUGAUCGUAUAACGGUACAUGCAGAACUAGAAAAGUUCAGCCGUAGCUCCUGGCAGCCAACCCCUUUCGGGAUGUUUGUUGAGGAUUUCUGUAAGGAAAUGACAGAUCCUAAUUCAAAAAUUCACAAUGUCUGGGUGAGACAUAUUUUCCCAGAGGAUCGCCAAUGUUUCGAGAAAGGAACAAGGUAUCGUCACGAACCGUUCGCAGGUGUAGUUGAAGUGGAGGUAAAAAACUACGCGUUUAAAGGCCGCUACAGAGCCGUUGAAAACUUGCGUGUAUAUGAUGAGAACGGUAAUCUGAAACCUGGUAAGUCAGCCUGUCUGGAAGUUCCAGGCGACUUUAUGAAAGUCAAAUAG